GUCCGUCACCAUAUUUUUCGAAGAAAUAUUUUGUGAGUUGUGUGAAUUUGAAUUGUGGAAAAUGUCAGGAAUAUGUCGAAAAUGAUGUGUUCGUUUUUGUGGGUUUUUAGAACUAUAAGUAUAAUGCAGAUGAAUUCUAGCAAAAUGGUCUAAAACGUAAAUUGUUUAAUAUUUUUAUUAGAAAGAGGUAGACAGUCAAUUCAGUGUGCAAAAGUCAUAAGACUUGUGUCAUCUGUCUACUCUUCCUUCAAGAUGGCUCCUCCACCGGAGUAUGAUAAGGAACCGAAAGCCCCGGAUAAAAGCAUAACAAGUAAUUCUGUCGAAGAUUCAAAAUUAGUGUACAACCACGUAAAGGAUCAAUCUGCAAAUACGGAACACAAAAUUACAACCACAGGGGCCAACUUUGAUGUAGAGAACAAUAAACACGUGGAGACUCUCGACGACGGGCAACUGCGCGCUUUGCUCGAUGAGGCUAUCACGUACAAAUGCCCAAAAGACCGCGAGGGCAAAAGUAGUCUUUUUAAGGAAUUAUUGGAAGAAGUUGAGCAGGACGAGCAGGCGUGCGAGGCGGCGGCCCGGGUGGGCGCGGGCAGGAACACGAGGCGCGGUCGCGCGCGCCGGGAACACCACUCUAGUCUACAAGACCUCGUAGCGGCGAUGGCGGGCGAGGCGGCGCCGCGGCGGGGGCGCGCGCACGCGGCGCACGCGCCCGCGCCGCCCGCCGGCACCGUGUCCGCGCGCGCGCUGCACGGCGGCAGCCUGCCCUCCGGCGUCGACACCUCGUUCCUGCUGGGCGAGGAGACGGGCGUGGGCGUGGCGCGAGGCGGCUACCUGGCCACGGUGCGCUGCGUAAACCCGCCGCCGCUGGCCGAGCGCCGAGUGUCCACGGGCGACGCCAGCCCGCCGCAACAGCCGCCGCCGCCCGCGCAGGAGCUGGACGUGCUCUCCAGAAGAAAUAAGCCGAUGUUCCCGAUGACGUACACGGCGCGCGCUACUCUCGAGAUCGGCAGCGGCAGCGUGUGCUCGGGCCGCGCGGUCACCACCACCACCGCCUCCAACCAGGUGGAUUCCGCCAUACCCUUUAGUUGCAUCACAACACCAGAGGUUGUGACCAGUUGCAACACGACUUCUUCUACUUCCCAAUCGGCGGUCGCGGUCGAUCCCAAGCCGCUGCAGCUGGUCUCGAGUUACCGCGCCGUGGCGUGCCUCAUGGACGGAGCCUGCGCGCGCCCGCCCUCGCCGCCGCCGCUCGCGCCCGGCGCGCCCGCCGCGGCGCUCGCACACCCCGCCUCACCCGAACGACAGCCUCGCGGUGCGGCGGCGAGCUUCAACGGGCUGCCGCUGUCGCGCCCCGCCGCCGCCGACGAGUACAAGGUUCCUAUUCUCACUGUGCACUACCGUUUACAGAAAUCUCUCGAUGAAAACGGCAACGCGGUACAAGGAUUCGGUUCGCCCCUCUCGGGCUCCGGUCAACACAAGAAACCGAGGAGAAAGAAGUCGUCCAAAAACGAGACCGUCAUCAAAUCGCAUCAGAUAGACGGCUACCAGGGCAACAAAGACAUCAACGAAGUGUUGCGCUUCAUCGAGUCCAACGCGGAGGCACCGCGCGCGCCCAAGUUGCGCGCCAAGCACAAGGACGACGGCGACGACAAGGCGGCCAAGAAGCGCUCCACCGAGCGCCGCAAGGACAAGGACGCCAAGCCCAAGCGCGCCUCCUCGCUCGAGGAGCUCUCGCGCACCAAGCUCGAGGACCUCACCGACAAGCCGCGCGAGUCCGCGCCCGCCAAGCCCGAGCGCCGCUCCUGGGGCGCCGACGCGCGCGCGCUUCUCGAGCCCGACGCGCCGCCCGAGCUGGCUGACUUCCAGACCGUCACCAAGAAGCGUAAGCCGCGCCGCCGCGCCGACGAGACCGAGCGCGCGCCCUCGCCGCCGCGCCGCACGCGCGCGCCGUCGCCAGCGCGCGCGCCUGCAUCCGCGCCCGCCUCCGAGCGCAGCAACGACUCCAACGACGACACGGACUGCGCGCACUCGCCGCCGCCGCCCGCGCCCGCGGUGCCGCCGCCCGCCUGCGCGUCCUACGCCGACAUCGCGCGCACGCGCCACAACUUCCCCGACCUCAUUGAGUCGUGCAACUUCUACGCGGAGAGCGACGAGCGGACGGCCGCGCCCGCCGCCGCCGCCCCCGGUGACGAGUACCCGGCGCUGGCGGCGCGGCGCCGCGACAAGCCGGCCGUGCGCAAGGAGCCGCCCGCGCCCGACGUGGUAGCGGACCGGCGGCCGCCCGUCGUGCUGCUGGCGGCGGGCGCGGGCGCGGCACGCGAGCUGGAUGGCGUCACGUUCGGCUUCGACGUCAACGAGCAGCUGCUGGGCGCGCGCUGCGACCUGCUGGAGCGCGCCGUGGCCGUGCGCGCUGGCUGCGCGGCGCUGCGCUACGUGCCGCCGCCGCCGCCGCCCGCGCGCAUGCUCACCCAGAUCGUCGACUACGUGGGCACCGCAUGGGAGGAUGUGAUGCGCGGCGGCGGCAAGGCGCACUACUUCAGCGAGUGCGCGGCGCGCGACAACUAGACUGCCGCUACUGACGAUGUCGAUACAUACGCCCAAAGCUGUUAUAAAGUGAAUUAUUCGAAUACUAUAUAAGUGAGCUAGUUUUGUUGAGUUACAUAACUUAUAACUUACCACGUCGGUGUAAGCAAUCAAGUGACGAACUCCUACGACGAUAGUGAGUGUAUCGUGCGUAACUCGACUAACGUGAAGGUGUGAUCGCGCGGCGCUCGCGGCCGCCGUCUUCGGGAACACUACGGAAAGCAAAGUCCCAUUUCUUCGACCCAAUAAAUAUAAAAUGAGACUAUAGCGUUAAUACUAAAAUCGAUUUCUUUUAAGCUUUGUAUAUAAGAUAGAUGGUCUAGAGCAUUUAAUUCCUAUUAUGAAAAUUUUAGCAAUCUGAAAAAAAAGUAAUUUACAAUGA